UGUAAAUAAGUUGUACUCGAAUCUUUGUGUAAAUCUUAGCCUCAUUUUAUCUAUGCGUAUCUUAGCCUCAUCCAUUUCCAUGGCUUUUGUCUGAUGAGCAUGGAAAAUACAACAUGGGAGCAGAAACUCCAAGCCCUAACACACAUCCUAACAAACCCCACAACCACACCAACCCUCCACUCUCAAUUCUUCAUUGCCACACAAAUCCCCUGCUACCUCGAAUGGGACUACCCACCAAUCCUCUGCUCCAAUCCAUCUCUUCUCAAAAAAUGGGAAUUCUCAUUCUUCCUCAAAAGGGUCAUCACAAUGGGCAUUCCUAAAACUUCUUGGAGGUCCAAGUGUCCAUUCCAGCAACCUCCACCAUUGAUUCUUGCUGAAGGAGUGGAGGAAGCACAGUGGGGAGUUGAACAAAGGAAGAGUUAUGUUAGGAAAAGGCUUGCAAGGAAACCCCUUGGCACAAAUGUUAACCCUCUUGUACCUAUUUUAUUACCUAAUAUUUUGUUGUUAUCACUUAUGAUAUGGAAUCCAUUUAGCUAUCUUGAUUGAUAAUAAAUCUUGUAUUAUGAAUUUUCAAUUUUCCA